AUGGAUGUUACGUUAUUAGAAGAUUUACCUGUGUUACUUGGUGAUUCUGUACAGGAAUAUAUAAAAUUACUAACAAAAAGAGAAACAAUUGAACAAUUACUUAGAAAAAUUCAAAAUAUUGAUGAUAGUUUCGAUAUAAUAUUAACUAUGUUAAUUAAUCCACCAACAAUGCCAAUUGGUUAUGAAUUACCAAGAUUGAAUGGUGAUUAA